UGUGGACUCUGAGAUUCAGACUGGGACUUUAUCUUUUCAGUAAUUUUCCUUAGGGUGUGUGUUGUUAGUAGUGUGGUGGUGUGUAGCAAACCUGAUAAACUGUGAAGGAUGACACUUUUUGAAGGCAAGGUGGUGGCUUUCUUCAGCAUUGCCAUUUCAGCUGGAGUACUAGCUGCAGCACACAAAGCUAAAAACAUCCAUCUUCUUUCUCUAGAAGAACAAAAAUUCAUUCAAAACGAUGGACAAAAAGGGUUACCACGGGACUGUCAUGAGCUGUGGGAAAGUUCUGGCGGUAAGGCACGGGAUGGUGCCUACAUGAUCAAGCCAAGAGAGUUACCUAUUGUAGCCUUCUGUGCGAUGCAGGAAGGUGGCUGGACUGUUAUCCAGCACAUCACAGUCAACAGCAGUGUGGACUUUGACCGCUCCUGGGAGGAGUACAAGUUGGGCUUUGGAACUUUGACUGGCAACCAUUGGCUGGGCAAUGAAUUCAUCCACCAACUCACCAGUGGGCCUAUCCGCUACAAGCUGGGCAUCAAGUUGGUGGACAAAGAUGCCGUAACCAAAACAGGAGAAUAUGACCCAGCACUAGUGGAAGGAGAAGAUGCACAGUACAAGUUGCGUCUGGGCUUGUACCAUGGCACUGCUGUGGAUGCUCUCACUUUAGAUCCAGAGAACUACCUUCAUGAUAACCAGAAGUUUACCACUAAGGACCGUGACAAUGAUAACUAUUUCCAGAACUGUGCAAUGCUAGAGUUCCAUGGAAUUGCAGGUGGGGGCUGGUGGUAUGAUGCUUGUGCAGGUGCCAACCUCAACCGCCGCAACGUCAUCUAUUGGCAAAAUGAUUGCAACAAGGAGCACCUGUGCAAAUAUGCCUGGAUGAUGGUAAAGCCUUCAGAUUUAGUGAAAGUUUUGCAUCCAGCAGAUUGCAAAAGGGAUGAGCUUUGAGCUAUUGCUGCAUAGUAUUAGCAAAGCAUACUGUAGCAGUAUGUGUAGGAUGGCUAAACUGCAAAAAAAAAAAAAAAAAAAUUCAUAAAAUGUUUUCUCUUUGACCAUUUGAUCAAGCAAAUAACACUCAUCCCUCACACAAUGAUCAAUUGUCUCCUGAUCGUUUGUUUAAAAAAAUAGCUUUUAGACUGCAGGAGAGUAGAUCUUCAGGAAAGUCAUGAUUAGUUGACUCAAUCAUCUGAUAAAACUGACGACUGGUUUUAGGAAAACAUAAUUAGAUUAACUGUGAGUUUUUUUUAUAUAAAGAUUUCAUUCACUGUAACUGAAUAGGGAGUAACACAUUUUUCUAUAUAUCAUAAAUACAAAGAGGAUUACAAAAUAAUACAAAUAAUACAAAUAAUAAUAAUAAUAAUAAUAAUAAUAAUAAAAAAAAUAAUAAUACAGCUAAGUGAUAGUUUAUUACCUAUACUUUUAAUAAUAUUUAAUGCAAUAUUCUAAUAUCAGUGUUUAACACAUACUGUGUCACUGAAUAUCCUUAAAAAUUAAAAAGUGCCUCUUAUGGAUUAACAAAUCAGAGAGAGGAAUUACAAAAACAACUUGUUAUGCACCAUGUCUGUUUAAAUAUGAAAAUCUUAAAAUAGAACAGAAAAUGUUUUAUUAUUAAUUGUUUGUUUGUUUUACACAAUGUUUUGGCCAUUUUAUUUGUCUUUUAAAACUUUCUUUGUGCUCAUGUUCUUUUUUGUAAAUGGGAAAAAACAUUUGAAGUAUGUGUAACUGGGUCAUGUUAUACACCUGAAUGUUAAUAGCUAGAACAGGGCUAUAUACCUUUAAGGUAAUAAAAACUACACUGACAUCAUUUUGUAGGACUCGCAUUGAAUUAUGGGUAACAUGAAAGGAAAGACCGGGAAAGUUACAGAACAAGAUGGCUAUGUCUUGAAAAUAAACAGGUUAGAAAUUUAAUCUAAUAACUUUGUUAGUUCAUAAAUAAGCAUAAAGAACUGUCAGGUUUCUUUAAAGAGUCUUUAGCAGAGAUAGAUGAACUUGUAUGAAUAAUUUCAGAGAAUGAUGGAGUUGGAUUGGCAAAUUUCAAUUGAGAUCGCUAUUGUAAUCACAUUGCAAUCAGCAUGAUUAGAAAUGAUUAAAAUAUUUAUUAAAUGCAAUGUUUUUGUUUUGCAUGAUGUAAAUGUUAUAGACAUUACAAGUGGUAAUAAUUAAGCAAAUGUGCAAUGUUUUAAUGAGCUGCUUUGUGCUAUCCAGUUAUGUGCAUAAAAUCCUGGUGAGGAAGUUACACGUGUGUGGACAUUAGCACGUGCAGGAGAAGUGAGUGAUUUAAUGAUUUCUUUUGUUUAUGUGAUUUAGAAUAUAUAUGGAUUUGUCAGAUGUGUGUGGUGUAUUGAUGAAUGUUUUUCUUUUUUUCUUUUGUCAGUUUUACCACUACUGUGUUGUAGUUUUACUGUAUGCCAUUUAUUUUCGUAUGGUUUAGUUUACCGUGUGUAGAGUAGGGCAUUAUGCACCUUUUUGCACUACAGUUUAUACAGUUUAUACCAUUUUCCAUAUUGUUUGGAUUGGGGCAAUAUUUUGCAUUGCAUCAGCUUGCAUUGUACUGAUUUUAGUCAUCUGCUGGAGAGCAGAUGUUGCCAAUUUUUGUUUUAUUUUUUAUUUCUUUGUUUUCUCCCAAAAUCCAAAAUCCCAUGUUAGGAUCUAUCAGAUAAAUAAAACCCGAAAAAGUCUUUUUGUUGGUUUUGUGCAUAUAAUUUCUCUAGCCGCCAACAUAUGUACAAAAACAUUUGAUGUAUGUACAAUCUUGUUCAAGUAUAUUUUGAAAUAUUCAGAUUAAAGUGUAUUUUCCAAAACAGCAAAUCUUUUAUGAUUAUAUUAAACCUACAUAUAAGAAUGGCAAUUUUAGAUAUUUAUCAGAUUUUACAUUUGUUAAUAUCACAUAUUUACCUUGUGUGAAGCAAUCAACAAAUAAGUCAUUUUAGAUGCUGUGGUAAAAAAAAUAAAAAUAAUAAUCCAUAAAAACAACAUUGAAAGUUGCACAGCUGUACGUUCUUUUAGGUUUUAAUGGUUGAUGGGUGUUUUGUUUCAAAUUCAUAUCACACCAACAAUGGUCUCUUUCACAGCAUUCCAGCAGGUCUACAGGUCUACAAUAUUGUACCAGACAUCCUUUGACAGCUCUUUGGUCUUGCCCAUGGUGGUGGAAAGGUUUGAAUAGAAAAGGUUGAUUCUGACAGGUGUCUUUUACAUACAUAAGGAAAUGAUAUUAGGUGUACAUUCUUAAAGAUACAGAGACUAAUUUGGGUCUGUGGGAGUCAGAAUUCUUGCUGAUUUGGUAUGGGAUAAAUACUUAUUUCACUCGAUUAAAUACAAAUUUAUUUAUUUAUAACUUUUCUUAAAUUAUUGAAUUUUUUUUAUAUUCUGUCUCUUUCUGUGAAAAUAAACCUACCAUAAACAUUCUAGACUGUUAAUUUAAGUAGUAAUUUUACAAAAUCAGCAAGGGAUCAAAUAAUUAUUUCCUCCACUGUAAGUGGACUAACAAAUUACAUUUACUUACAUUUACUCCACCACUGCACACCUUAUAGGAUCUGUUCUGUAUAAUAUUUUAUAUAGAUUUUUUUAAGCAUGGUUGCCAACUUGCCAUCUGUAAAAUACAAAACAAAUGUUCUCUUAACAUAUCUAAACAAGGUCCACAUGCAUUAAGUUACAUUUUAACAAGUUAACAUUUUUAAUGUGUUAUUAAAAUAUGCAGGUAUAACUAGUAAUGUAGAGCCUAGUAAUGUGUAAUCUAGUAACACAACUUCUACAGGGUGAACUUAAAAGCAUAAACCUCCUGGCCUCUUUCAACACAUGAAUAACAGCUGUCACUUUCUGACACCAUUUAGCUUCUCACAGAUUAUCAGAUAGCUGUUAAAAAAAAAAGAGCUAUCUUAGUUGAAAGUUAAUUUUAUUAACUUUUCAAUCUGUACAGGUGGUUGCAAUGUUAGGCCCUCUGCUUUUCUCUUUAUAUAUGCUGCCUCUUGGUGAAAUUAUUCAUAAACAUAGGAUUCGCUUUCAUUGCUAUGCUGAUGACACAGCUGUAUAUUUCAGCAAAGCCA